UAUGCAGCCAUUUCCCGAAAUGAAAACAAAAUCUUCAAACUGUCGAAGCUGUCAUCAAAGCGCGCUGUGUUCCCGCAUCAGUUCCUGAAAAACCGGUGAAUUUUCUUCAAAUCGGAUUGGACAUUGCUCUCGGAAAACAUACACGUCGAGAAUGGCCACCGCCGUGGGUCCGGUACCAUCGCGGGAGCUGGAAGGCCGUAAAAUUUGCGUCGAGCGGUUCAUCUAUGCUAUCGUGUGCAGUGUCGGGGUGCAGUUUGUGCUGCUCACGAUCUUUCUGCUGUUGGUAAACUCUAGUUUGCUUCAUCCGAUCGGUUGGAUCGCGGGCUCAUUUCGAUUGGUGGUUUCUUUGUCAACCUGGAUGUGGAUUUUGCCGUUGAUCAGUGCGGUCAUUGUGCACGGCAUAUGCUUGGCUAAAUCAUACUUGGCCGGAAUCCAGUACUGUCCAACACGGUUCCAACAGAUUUAUAGAUCGAUCAUCACACAAUCUGUCAUGCUGGUGGUCAAUUGCGUGGUUGGUUUUUUGACGGCCUGGUUCUACACACGUUUUCUACGGAACGAUUAUAGCGUACUGUUCCUACCGAAGGAAAACGGAAUCUCAAUUCUCAACGAGAAGUACCUCUUCCUUCUAUUAGGCGGAACAUUUGCAGGAGUUUACUAUUUUGUGCGCAUCCAGUCAGAGAAAACAAGUCUGAGCUUUCCCGUCGUCCAGCAGCCACGUUAUCAACAGAUCCGGUCCCAUCUCUACAGCAUCAUUUACCGCUCUUUGUUUAAAUCAUUCGUUCCAACGCUGGUUUAUGUAAGCUUUUACUACACCUUCAACUGCUUUUACUUGCGCUAUAAGCUGGCCAACAUGUUCCAUGGCGUGGUACUCGCCGAAGAAUCUUCAUUGGGAGCCCUCUAUUCUGUGCUGAUGGACAUUCGAUUGGUUCUGUACUGCUGGAUUCUGUCAUCGCAAAUUCUCUCCAACAUGAACCUAAUGCAGGUACUGUUCCACAUUUUCCUUACGGAAUAUCGCCAGUUUCCCGUUGAAAAGCCCACAGUGCUCAAUGACUCCCAAAUAACGUUGGUGGAAGCUCUGGCAUGCGAGAAAAUCCCAGUCAUUCAGCAACUGGCCGCCCUAGAUUUGUUCACAAUCGCGGAAAGUUGCAACCCAAGUCGCCGAGCUCGUCUCUAUGCUCUAUCCGUCCCGGGAGGUCAUCCCUACAAUUGGCGACUGGUAUCCGGCGAAUGCAUCCGGCUAAUCAAAGACUACACCACCCAGCUGGCAAAAUCGAUCGAAGGUGCCACACUUAAACCGGUACCGAACGUUGCCAAACUGCGUCCCACUGCUUCGAUGGACGCCGAAAAACUUCUGAUGAAGCAAUACAACGAAAGCUUCGGCAUCCGCAGUUUGUCUUCGUCAGUUCUACCGACUGAAGUCCCACAACAGCCAGACGUUAUUUCAAAAGCUGUCGAUCGUCACCUGGAUGCCAUUCGUGAGUCCUUCCGGAAUAUUCCGGGAAUUUACUAUUUCUUCGGAGAACCAAAAACCGCCAGAACAUGCCACCUGCUGACCACGCAGUCGCAGCAGAUUGUUUGGAUAGCCCAGGCGCUGGCUUCAUUGGCGGCGCACUCGAUCCGGGAGGACCAAUUCGGGGUGGUCCAAAACGAUCUGCCGUCGGUCAUUAGGACGCUGCUGCAAUUGAAACUGGUCGUCGAUAAGGUGGGUUCGAUCCAGCUGGACGUGAAGAAAAUCGACCGGAACUAUGUGGCAUUGAAGACGGCCACCAAGAGAAGUCUCUACCGGAUUGCCACCGUAUUUGCCGACUACUUGAAUGACAUCGUGUUGGAGCCAAGCGACGUGAAAGCACUUCAGGGAUUUGUUAAUUAUAGGGAAGCUUAAAAAAAGUAGUUUUAAUGUUUUUCAUUUUUUUUGUUAGUAAUCAUGCUCUAAUAAUAAGCUUCCUCAUUUCUCCAAAUGGUCGAUGAAUCAUCAUUUGUUAUUUUGUUUUAUCAAAACAUUUGUAUUUAGAACAGUCAGACUUUUCCUUAAAACAGUAGUUAUAACGGCAUCAGUAAUUGUAAGUAAAACUAUGAAGAAAAAUUAAAUGUGUAA